UCUCUCACACACACAUUCUCUCGCUCCGCUGCUUAUCUGCCGUCUCACUUGCCGCUUGCCUCCCGUCCUUUCUCUCCCAUUCUCACUCCCUCUCUCUGCACUGAAGAUGACACUUCCAGCACAGAGGACCCAGCGGAGCCCUGGUCCCGGCCAGUGGCUGCCCCAGCAGAAGUCCAGCUCCCGGGCCGCCCAGCUGCCAGCCUGCCUCCUCUAGGGAGGCCCCUUGCCACGGGACUGGGAGAAGCGGCUCCAAGCUGAGCUGAAAGCAGUCGGCCUCCGCUCUUCAAUAAACCCCGACUCCCUGGGGGCCAAAAAAGGCUUCACAUAAACAAGCAAGAACUUCAUGAGAAACGAGGUACUUGUGCUACAAGAUGGAGCAGGAAAUCUCCCACGUGCAGCGUAAGAUGUCUGACCUGGAGUCCGUGCUGCAGCAGAAGGAUGUGGAGCUGAAGGCUUCAGAGACACAGCGCAGCAUCCUGGAGCAGGACCUGGCCACCUACAUCACGGAAUGCAGCAGCCUCAAACGCAGUCUGGAGCAGGCGCGCAUGGAGGUCUCCCAGGAGGACGGCAAGGCCCUUCAGCUGCUCCAUGACAUCCGGGAGCAGAGCAACAAGUUGCAGGAGAUCAAGCAGCAGGAGUACCAUGCGCAGCUGGAGGAGAUGCGGGUGACCAUCCGGCAGCUGGAGGAAAACCUGUCUGCAGCUCGUCGCCGAAGCGACCUGUACGAAUCCGAGCUGAAAGAGUCCCGGCAGACCAGCGAGGAGCUGAAGCGGAAAGCGGCUGACUACCAACAGAAGAUGCAGAAGGCUAAGGAGCAAGGCAAAGCAGAGGUCCAGGAGCUGCUCUCAAAGCUGGAGAAGACCAACGCCGAGCAGCAGACAAAAGUCCAGGAGCUCCAAGAUAAGCUGGCCAAGGCGGUGAAGGCCAGCACAGAAGCCACAGAGCUCCUGCAGAGCGUUCGGCAGGCCAAGGAGCGCCUGGAGAGAGAGUUGGAGAGAUUGCAGAGCCGGGAGGACUCCAGCGAGAGCCUGCGCAAGCGCCUCCGAGAGACCGAGGAAGGCAGGAAGACCCUGGAAAACCAGGUCAAGAGGCUGGAGAUGGUGGAGAGGAGGGAGAACAAACUGAAAGACGACAUGCAGAUCAAGACCCAGCAGAUACAGCAGAUGGCAGAUAGGAUCCUGGACCUGGAGGGGAGUCUGCGGCAAGCUCAGGCCACAGCCCAGCGCAUGGAGGCUCACCUAGUGCAGAAGGAGCGGCUCUACGAGGACAAGAUCAAGAUUCUCGAGGCCCAAAUGAAGGCAGACAUGGCUGAAAAGGAGACCCUGGAGUCCAAACAAACUGAGCAAGAGGAAGAGGCCCGGGAGAAGUGCAAGCUCCUCGGCGAGCAGAAGGCGACCAUCAACGCCAUGGAGUCCAAGAUGAAGAACCUGGAACAGAGGAUUGCUGAGCUUACAGAGGCCAACAAACUAGCAGCCAAUAGCAACAUCUACACCCAGAAGAACAUGAAAGCCCAAGAAGAGAUGAUCUCGGAGCUGAGGCAGCAGAAGUUCUACCUGGAGUCACAGGCGGGAAAGCUGGAGGCACAGAAUGCAAAGCUGGAGGAGCACCUGGAGAAGAUGAACCAACAGGAGCAGAGCAACAAGAACCGUUUGCUGGAGCUGGAGACACGGCUGAGGGAGAUGGGCCUGGAGCACGAGGAACAGAAGCUAGAGAUCAAGCGGCAGGUGACUGAACUCACGCUGUCACUGCAGGAGCGCGAGUCCCAGAUCAGUGUGUUGCAAGCAGCACGCAAAUCCUUGGAAAGCCAGCUGCAGCAGGCCAAGACUGAGCUGGAGGAGACCACUGCAGAGGCAGAAGAGGAGAUCACGGCCCUGCGGGCUCACCGAGAUGAUAUUCAGCGCAAGUUUGAUGCCCUUCGGGACAGCUGUGCGGUGAUCACUGAUCUGGAGGAGCAGCUUACACAGUUGACACAAGACAAUGCUGAGUUGAAUCGGCAGAACUUUUACCUGUCCAAGCAGCUGGACGAGGCAUCAGAUGAGAAUGAAGACCGCCUGCAACUUAGUCAGGAUGUAGAUCGCCUGCGGAGGGAGGUGGCUGACCGGGAGAUGCACCUCAACAACCAGAAACAGAAUAUCGAGACCCUCAAGACGACGUGCACCAUGCUGGAGGAGCAGGUCCUCGAGCUGGAGACGCUCAAUGACGAGCUGCUGGAGAAGGAGCGGCAGUGGGAGGCGUGGCGCACGGCCAUGGAGGAGGAGAAGGGCCAAGCGGAGAGGAGGAUCCGGGAGCUGCAGAGGCUGCUGGACAGCGAGAAGCAGAGCAGGUUGCGCACGGACCAGCGCAACACCGAGUCCCGCCAGGCUGUGGAGCUGGCAGUGAAGGAACACAAGGCGGAGAUCCUGGCCUUGCAGCAGGCACUGAAGGAGCAGAGGCUAAAAGCUGAGAGCCUCUCUGACACACUGAAUGACCUGGAAAAGAAGCACUCCAUGUUGGAAAUGAACGCCCGCAGCUUACAGCAGAAACUGGAGACGGAGCGCGAGCUGAAGCAGAGACUUCUGGAUGAGCAAAGCAAGCUGCAGCAGCAAAUGGACAUGCAGAAGGCGCACAUCUUCCGGCUGACACAGGGCCUGCAGGAUGCCCUGGACCAGACUGACCUGUUGAAGACAGAGCGCACAGACCUGGAGUACCAGCUGGAGAACAUCCAGGCUGCGUACUCACACGAGAAAGUGAAGAUGGAGGGUACGAUUUCACAGCAGACCAAGCUCAUUGACUUCCUGCAGUCUAAGGUGGACCAGCCUUUGAAGAAGAAGAAGAGUAUUUUUGGCCGCCGCCGUGAGGAUCUUAUGGGUUCUGGUGUGGCCCAGUCCCAGGCUCAGGUCCAGACCCAUAUUCAGGCCCAGAUCCCAGCUCAAGCUCCAGCAUCCGUGCAGUACAACGACAUGAAAGUGGCGCUGGACAAGGAACGAGCACGCUGCUCCGAGUUGGAGGAGGCUCUGCAAAAGAUGCGCUUGGAGUUGCGCUCCCUGCGGGAGGAAGCGGCCCACUUCAAGGCCCUGGAACACAGCGCCCCCGGGCCGACCCCCACCACCCCAGCCUUAACGCGGCAGCAGACUGUCCUGUCAGCCGCAGUGAAGUCCCCGGAGCACCAGGCCAAGCCCAGCAGCCUCCUGGCUCCCUCCAACUCUGGCCGAAGGAAGGAGGCUCCCACGCCGGAAGAGAGGAGGAGGGUCACCUUUGAAAAGUACAGCCGGCGAGCGAAGGAGCGGAUCCACCAUGGCGGCCCACACCGAUUCACCGUCGGGCUCAACAUGAGGGCCACCAAGUGCUCUGUGUGCCUGGACACCGUGCACUUCGGCAGGCAGGCCACCACGUGCACCGAGUGUCGAGCUUUGUGCCAUCCAAAAUGCUCCCCCUGCCUUCCAGCCACGUGCGGGCCGCCCGCCGAGCACGCCGCGCACCUCCUCUCCGAGGGCCUGUGCCGCGACAAGGCUGGCUCGCCCGGUCAGCAGGCCAAGGAGGCUGGCGGCCACGUGCGUUUGGAGGGCUGGAUGAAGCAGCCCAGGAACGGGAAGAGGGGUCCUGUCUGGGAGAGGAAGUACGUGGUGCUGGAUGGGACCAAAGUGCUUGUCUACGAGAUCGAGCCCCGAGAAGACUCAGUGAAGCCGCAGGAGGAGCUUGACCUGUGUCCGUCAGAUGGCGAGCUGACCGUGCACGGAGCCGUGGGCACAUCCGAGCUCAUCCACACCGCCAAGUCAGAUGUCCCCUACGUGCUGAAGCUGGAGUCCCGUCCCCACGCCCCAUGCUGGUCAGGCCAGGUGCUGUACUUCAUGGCACCCAGCUUCCCUGACAAGCAGCGCUGGGUGGCGGUUCUGGAGUCGGUGGCUGCCGGCGGACGUGGCUUUCGGGAGAAGGCGGAGGCCGACGCCGCCGCCUUUUCCCAAAGACAGAAGGUUCUCUCUCCGCUGGUCCAGAAGCUCCUGGGCAACUCUCUGCUGAAGCUAGAGGGAGACGAUCGACUGGAUAUUAACUGCACCCUGCCACUCACUGACCAGGUGGUGCUAGUUGGCUCUGAGGAAGGUCUGUAUGCCCUGAACAUCAUCAAGAACUCUCUGGUCCACAUCCCAGGCCUGGGCUCUGUCUUUCAGAUCCACAUCCUGAAAGAGCAUGAUAAGCUGUUGAUGAUCACGGGAAGUGAGAGGGCGCUGUGUCUACUGGAAAUCAAGAGGCUAAAGCAGACAUUGUCCCAGUCUCAUCUUCCGGGCCAGUCCGAUCUUGCCCCAUACAUAUUUGAAACUGUCAAAGGCUGCCAUCUUUUUGCUGCGGGCAGGAUUGAUAAUGGGCCAUGCAUUUGUGCUGCGAUGCCCAACAAGAUCAUCAUCCUGCGCUACAACGACAGCCUCAGCAAAUUCUGUAUCCGGAAGGAGAUUGAGACCUUGGAGCCAUGCAGCUGUAUUCACUUCACCACCUACAGCAUCAUUAUUGGGACCAACAAGUUCUAUGAGAUUGAGAUGAAGCAGUACGUGCUAGAAGAGUUCCUGGACAAGAAUGACACGUCCCUGAGCUCAGCUGUCAUUGCGGCUGCCUCGCAUAGCUUUCCUGUGUCCAUCAUGCAGAUCAGCAGCAGUCCACAGAAGGAGGAGUAUCUUCUCUGUUUCCACGAGUUUGGCACAUUCGUCGAUGUCAUUGGCCGGAGAAGCCGCUCAGAAGACAUGAAGUGGAGCCGACUGCCCCAGGCUUUCGCCUUCAGGGAGCCCUAUCUGUUUGUGACCUACUUCAACUCCUUGGAUGUCUUCGAAGUACAGGGACACAAUGGUGUUGGCUCGCUGGCCCAUGUGCACCUGGACGUCCCCAAUCCUCGCUACCUGGGCCCGGCCAUCUCCUCAGGGGCCAUCUACCUGGCCUCCUCCUACCAGAACAAGCUGCGGGUGAUCUGCUGCAAGGGUAGCUUGGUGCGCGAGUCCAGGGAACUGCAGCGGAGCAGCUCCAGCCGAAGCAGUCCAAACAAGAGGGGUCCCCCUUCCUACAAUGAGCAUAUCUCCAAGCGGCUGGCGUCAGGGCCCAUGUCUGUAGACAGCGCCGGUCUGCAUCGCGAGCCCAGCACACCGCACCGCUACCGCGAAGGUCGCACCGAGUUCCGGCGCGACAAGUCGCCGGCGAGGCCGCUGGAGCGGGAGAAAUCGCCGGGCCGUGUGCUAGACAGCCGGCGGGAGCGCUCGCCAGGGCGGGGCUUCGACGAGAGGACCCGCCUCCACACGGGCUCAGUGCGCACGCCACUCACGCCCGUCAACAAGGUCUGGGAUCAGUCGUCCGUCUGAAACGGCCGGGAGCAGGCAGGUGCACGGACAGGCACGUCGCAUGUCAUGAUCACCACAGGUCAUCACAGUUCAACCGCGCUUCAUCUGCAGACCACUCCUUUACUCCUUCUGGCCUGUUUGCAUAUAGUGAUGCUAGUAAUCAUUCAACAUCGCAGUGAACUUAUAAGAAGAACUCAUUUCCACACCGUGUGUAAAUAAUCACAUUUUUUUUUUUUUGCAAAGAGAAGGCAAAUCCAGCAUAAACGUGAGAGACACUAUCGGCACAGGAGAGAGCUCCGGCCCGCUUCAGCCUGCCGCCUGCGGUCCUGUCCCGUCUGCUGCCGUGUGCCGUCACUGACGCUCUUCUGCAGUGCUCAGGGUGUAACUCGCUUCCUAUGGUGCAAUUUUACAAGUGGCCACAGCUGAAAAUCAAAGUGUGCAAAUCACUGCAUAUCCCUCUGUGCCGCAUGGAUGGCCCUCAGGCCCUGCCUGCACCUCCUCUCCUUUCUCUUCCCCUCCUCUCCUCUCCACCCCUCUACUCCCCUCCUCUCCAUCCCUUCUCCUCUCCCCCCCUCCUUUCUCCUUUUCUCCCCUCCUUUCUCUUCUCCUGGCACCUGCUUCUGGUCUCAGUGACUAUACAUACUGCUGUUUAACAAGACACCUUCAGAGUCGUCUCACCUUGAUAUUUUUUACAAUAAAUGUACAAGUGGAUUAAAUAUUGAAGUACCCCAGAA